CAGUCGGCGCCCACUAAAUGCUGGCGGGGAGGCAGGGGGAGGCAGGCAACUCCUCUCCCCCCCCCAGCCAGCCGGCGGAAGUGAGAGAGGUGCCGGUGCCCCUGCCCCCAGCGGCGCCCACCUGGCUCACCCAUGGGUGGCGGGGUUGGUUGGCCCCCUCCCCCUCCCUGCCAGCUGCCUCCGGAGAGGGCGUCCAGGAUUCCAUGUCAGUCCCCCCCGCCCCAGAACAGGACCAGGGCGUAACCCUGAGUGUGCCGCUCCCACUCUGGGGGGGCUGUCCACCACCAGCCAAUCACUCCUAUUGGCAGAGCUGGUCCUGGGAGGCCAGGGCCUGCUGCUGCCCGGUGGGGACUUCAGGCAGGGGACAUCGCCCCCCAUCCCAGGGCGGCUGGUGGUGGGUUCCCUGGAGCACCUAUCAGCUGGGCUCGGGGCUCUGUUUACCACCCGCCAUCGCUGUGGAGACAGCCUGGUGGGGGCAGGUCGCUGUAAAACCAAAGCCUAUUGAAGAAAGAAGAGCCAACGGGGACACUGAAAUUUUAAUUCGUGGGUCACUCUGGGGGGGGUAUUUAUUAUUCAGUUCUGAUUGGCUGCGUGGUGGCCACUCAGCACCCUGCCUGGGGCCAGAGCCACGCAACUCUCAGCCGAGGCCGGAGGGUGGCCGCGGGGAGCCAUGGGGCCCUUUGCUCUGUGUGGGAGACUGAGGUCUCACCUUGGCCUGGCAGGGCAGGUUCCUGGGUGACAGCAAGUCCAUGGUGGUUUGGGUUUUUUUCCUUUCUUUUCCUCGAGUUCCUCUGACCUAUGUCUGGGUCCACCUGGUGGCAGCCCCCAUUGCUGUUGAAGGAAACCAAGGCCUGGAGGGCAGGCUGGGUUUGAGCUUGGAAACUCUUGGGGUCAGAGUGAGCCCCAGAGUUGGUGCCAUUGCUGGGCAGGGGAGACUGAGGUGCAGGGGACACAGAGAAUGGCCCAAGGUCACCCUGCUGGAGCCAGAUCUGACCACUGUGGCCCUGCCUCCGGUGCGGGCCUGCUGGGGCGCCCUGUGUUGCAGUGGAGGGUGCCUGCCCACCUGUCUUUGAGAAGGGCCAGAGAGGUUGGCCGUAGAGCGUCAACUGCAGGCACCUGUCUAUGAAGGAAGCGUCACCGAGGCUUAUUAAACCCUUCUUCCAAAGAUGACAUUGAGGCUCAGAGAGGGCCAGCAAGGCUCCCAAGGUCACACAGCACGAGCCAUAGGCCUCCUGCCUCACAGCCUCACCGAGCUGACACUUUAUGGCAUGUGAGUGCGCAAGGCCCCUUUCCAGUCUGCCGUGCCACGGUUCUGCACCUUGGCCCUCAGAGGCGGGCAAGGCUCUGGGUUUUACAGCUUUGUGCCAGAGGAGACCAAGGUCAGGAGUCAGGGCCAGCCCCUCUGCAAGGGAGAUGGCCGGAGGAAGGGUCCUGUGAGGGUUGGAGGCCGGCACACUUGCACUCAGGCCUCCCGCCGCCUGAGUGUGACCUGUGUGUACUGUGGGGUUGUAGGGUGGCCCGGCUGGCACCUGCAGACCCACCUUUGCCAUGUCUCCUCUCCUCCCCCGGGGAAGGUCCCAGGUCAGCCCAGGGUAUGCCAAGGAUCCACUCGAGUGUUGGGCGUGGGUCACCAGCCACCUGAGACACUCGUCACCCCCACCUGUCACCUGGUGCUCCAGGCACCUGCCUGACCGCGAACCGCCCUGCAAUAGCCCUGGGCAGCAGGGACUAGAGGAACAAGCUUGGGUGGGGAAUGGGACGCUGACUGCAGACCCUGCCUCCCAGAGCUGUGAGGAUGAUGUGUAAGGUGGCCCUCUUGUCGUGACCGAGACCAGCCUCCCCCAGCCCCUCCGCGAAGCGCUGAGUCCAGAGCCCCAAAGCCCCAGAGCACAGAAGGCACCCGAUGAGGACCUGGCGCUUGCAAGAAACGCUGCCAAACGACCGGCCCCUCCAUCUGUCCCCCCAGCAGGCUGUGGACAGCCACUCUGUGGAAGCGUCCCCACCCACGCCUUUCUGGUUUGACUGGAAAACAAGGCCCCGGCCCACCACCUAUCGGGGUCUCGGCGCGGAAGAUGGCCGGCGGCGUGGACGGCCCCAUUGGGAUCCCGUUCCCUGACCACAGCAGCGACAUUCUCAGCGGGCUGAAUGAGCAGCGGACGCAGGGCCUGCUGUGCGACGUGGUGAUCCUGGUGGAGGGCCGCGAGUUCCCCACGCACCGCUCGGUGCUGGCCGCCUGCAGCCAGUACUUUAAGAAGCUGUUCACGUCGGGGGCCGUGGUCGACCAGCAGAACGUGUACGAGAUCGACUUCGUCAGCGCCGAGGCCCUCACCGCGCUCAUGGACUUCGCCUACACGGCCACACUCACGGUCAGCACCGCCAACGUGGGCGACAUCCUCAGCGCUGCCCGCCUGCUGGAGAUCCCGGCCGUGAGCCACGUGUGCGCCGACCUGCUGGACCGGCAGAUCCUGGCGGCCGAUGCAGGCGCCGACGCCGGGCAGCUGGACCUUGUAGAUCAAAUUGAUCAGCGCAACCUGCUCCGCGCCAAGGAGUACCUCGAGUUCUUCCAGAGCAACCCCAUGAACAGCCUGCCGCCCGCGGCCGCCGGCUUCCCGUGGUCCGCCUUUGGCGCUUCCGACGACGACCUGGAUGCCACCAAGGAGGCCGUGGCGGCUGCCGUGGCUGCCGUGGCCGCGGGCGACUGCAAUGGCUUGGACUUCUAUGGGCCGGGCCCCCCAGCUGAGCGGCCCCCAACGGGGGAUGGGGACGAGGGCGACAGCAACCCGGGCCUGUGGCCGGAGCGGGAUGAGGACACCCCGGCCGGCAGUCUCUUCCCGCCACCAGCGGCCCCGCCGGCCGCCACGCAGAACGGCCACUACGGCCGGGGCGGAGAGGAGGAGGCGGCGUCGCUGUCGGAGGCGGCCCCAGAGCCCGGCGACUCGCCAGGCUUCCUGUCCGGAGCGGCGGAGGGCGAGGACGGGGACGGGCCCGACGUGGACGGGCUGGCGGCCAGCACACUGCUGCAGCAGAUGAUGUCGUCGGUAAGCCGGGCAGGCGCCCCGGCAGCGGGGGAUAGCGACGAGGAGUCGCGGGCAGACGACAAGGGCGUCAUGGACUACUACCUGAAGUACUUCAGCGGUGCCCACGACGGGGACGUCUACCCGGCCUGGUCCCCCAAGGUGGAGAAGAAGAUCCGCGCCAAGGCCUUCCAGAAGUGCCCCAUCUGCGAGAAGGUCAUCCAGGGGGCCGGGAAGCUGCCGCGGCACAUCCGCACCCACACGGGCGAGAAGCCCUACGAGUGCAACAUCUGCAAGGUCCGCUUCACCAGGCAGGACAAGCUCAAAGUGCACAUGAGGAAGCACACGGGCGAGAAGCCGUACCUGUGCCAGCAGUGCGGCGCCGCCUUCGCCCACAACUACGACCUGAAGAACCACAUGCGCGUGCACACGGGCCUGCGGCCCUACCAGUGCGACAGCUGCUGCAAGACCUUCGUCCGCUCCGACCACCUGCACAGACACCUCAAGAAAGACGGCUGCAAUGGCGUGCCCUCGCGCCGUGGCCGCAAGCCCCGCGUCCGGGGUGGGGGACCCGACCCCAGCCCGGGGGCCACCGCGCCCCCCGGCGCCCCCGCCCCGCCCGGCUCCCCCGACGCCCGGCGCAACGGCCAGGAGAAGCACUUUAAGGACGAGGACGAGGACGAGGACGCGGCCAGCCCCGAUGGCUUGGGCCGCUUGAAUGUAGCGGGCGCCGGCGGCGGAGGUGACGGCGGAGGGGGCCCUGGGGCCGCCACCGAUGACAACUUCACAGCCGGACUCGCCUAAAAACCAAAAAGAGAAAACAGAAACCCGAGAACGAGAGAGCGAGAGAGAGAGAGAGAGAGAGAGAGAAAGAGAAAGAGAGAGAGAGAAAAACCACCCACCACCCCCCCAAAAACACAAAAAAAGAAAAUCUAUCUAUAUACAGAUAUCUAUAUCUAUAUAUAUAUAUACAGAUAUAUAUAUAUGAAGCGUCACAGAAUCUAGGGUAGCGCUUUCCUCAGACUGCCCCCUCCCUGAUGUGGUCCCCCCUCCAGGGCCCGGCCCCCCCCCGGCUGCCCCUACACACCCCGUCGCUGGGUUUCGGGGCUUGGUUUGGGGUUUUUGUGGGACACAAGGAUUCCGCGCACCCGAGCACCCGGCGGGGGGUCCGGGCCCGAGCCGAGGCCCUGGGCUGGGGUGAGGGCGGACUUGAGGGGCUGCGGGGGGUGCUGGGGACUGGGACGGGCUUUUAGUUCUCCCCUUGCAGGUUUGUAGGAGUCUUUUGGACAAGACCUUAAAUGAUUUCUGUCUGCUCUGAGUGGACGUUAAAAUGGACCCCCGGCCCCCCACCCUCCUUCCUCAGGGCACUUACUAAGGGGGGGGUCUGCCCUCGAUCUCCCCAACGGCCUCCCCGCCUCCCACCCUGCCCGUGGCUGGUGCCCCGCAUCUCCCGGCCGCCGAGACACAAAUCUAUUUAUUCCCAGGCCUGGAGGAAGGGGGACAGGACUGUGGGUUGGGGCUGGGGGGCAGUGGGGGCACCAGGAUGGCCCCGGUGGCUCCUGCCGCCUCCCUUCACGGCACUUAGAACCGGCGGGACCCCCAGGGGCCACCCCUCAGGGCGCCCUCCGCCCUCCCCCCACACCCAGACACCCCCCCCCAACGUUUGGAGAUUCAAAACUUUUGUCUCUGCCCUGUCCCCGGAACCCCUGUGUCCCGACUUUUUAAAGCACUUUUUAGAUUAUUUUUUUUUCUCUUUUUCUCCUUAAAAACAAAAUUUAUAUAUAGAUAUAUAUAGAUAUAUAUAAAAUAUAUACUUUUCCUCAGAGGAGCAGGCAAACCGUGUGGCGUGCGCAGAGCCCGGACCAGACAGAUGCCCGGGUCCGGGGAUGGCAGGGAUGACAGAGACAGACAGAGACAGUCCACAGUUCCAAUGUCACAAAAGCAAUAAAAGAAACAAAAACAAGAUUUUACAAAAUGAAAGGAAGAUUAAAAAAAACAAAAACAAAAAAAAUAGGCAACCCACCACAUUAGAAGUCUUGGCACUUUGUAACAGAACGGGUACUACACUUUAUCUUAAUUCUUAAUUUAAAAAAACCAUGUUUACAAGUUGCAACCAACUUCUAUGAAAAGUUGAAAAGACAAAAAAAAAAGCGAGAGAGAGAGAGAGAGAGAGAGCGCAAAAGAAAUUCCUAAAAGUCGAUUUAUUUUUGUACAAAAUAAUAAAAAAAAAAACCCACCGCAGAUGUAGAAUCCACUUCUGUUCCCCAAAGGCAAGAAGGGGGGUGCCCAGGAGGAAGCCCCCGGAAGGGACCCGAGAGACACGCUCCGAGGGGUCUGUCGUGGGACCCGUGGAAUUGGCCUCAAAGGCAGGAUGGUGGGGGUUUUGUGUUUGUGCCGUGUCACCUCCCCGCCUGCCCCUGUCCCUGCCCCCACCCCAGUUAUGUCCCCUUUUUCGGUUCUGAUUUGGAGAUGUCUCACCACCCGAGAGCCAUACAAGUAGCCGUCUCUGCCCACGGGGACCCUCCUUCCUCACCCCCUAGCUCAGGGAUGGCCCGAGAGGGGGCUGGCCUUUCCACCAGCCCGAGCACCCCGACCCGCACCCCAGACCCCCGAUGGCUGUCCUCCCGCAUGGCCACCGAGGAGCUGCCAUCCUGGACACGCCUGCCCCGUCGAGGUGGGUGAUAGGGGCCUCCCACCUCGAGGGCCUUAGACCCCCCCCAGCCCCAAGCACCCCUCUUUUUACUCAAAGGCACUGACUGUAACCACCCCCCCAGGGUGCUGGCACCUGUCUCCCCCAACCUCUGGCUCCCGCAGGGCCCGGCAUGGACCGAGCCUUAGGCCACGGAGUGGGGCCGGGGUUGGGGAGACGAUGUCACCAGAUGCCAGGACGCCCCCCCCAGUCCCUGUCCUGCAUAUGCAACACCUAGCGUGGGACCCUGUAUAUAACGCUACCUGCCAGCCCACCCAAGGCUCCCCGCCAGUGCGGGGGUGGGGGGUUGCCCUGCUCCUCUGUGACAACGCCUCUUCUUGUCUGUCCUUUUUCUUUCAUUUUUAAAGGGAAGCUUUUUAAGAAGGUAAUUUUCAUAUUAUUUCUACAGGAUAGCUUUUUGGUUUUCUUCCCUGUCCCCGCAAACCUGUCAGCUCCCCCCACAUGCACCCCGAAUGUCUCAGGAUCCCCCUCCGUGGCCGGCCCAGGGCCCGGUGGCAGCAUGCUGGCCUCGGUCAUCCCCCAAUUUCGGACAACCAUCUUGUUGUGGCCGAGCAGGGACACCUCCCCUCCCCGCCCCCCAUCCCCCAAAAACCUCCCAGAGAGGUCCCCCAAGAAGGGAGCCCUGUUCCCCCUAUCCACACACCCCCUCGCAAUAAAACCAACUCAAAAAUCA